CUGCUAUAAAAUGUGGGAUGGGGAUGGAAGCAUGCAGUAUUCUCACCCCUGCUCUCUCUCUCUCUGCUCCCCAUCCCUCCCCGUCGUACUCUCUGCCUCCGUCGCUCGUUUGGAUCCCAGCGAGGAUGAGAAGACGCAGCUGAGCGGACACGCUGGAGACACACAUGACCUGUGGACGACAACUUUGCCGCUGAGGUUUCUGCUUUUCUACACAAACAGCAUCAUGACCAGGAAGGUGUUCACCAACACCAGGGAGCGGUGGCGCCAGCACAACGUCAACACCGCCUUCGCAGAACUCCGCAAGCUCAUACCCACCCACCCUCCGGAGAAGAAGCUGAGCAAGAACGAGAUCCUGCGCCUGGCCAUGCGCUACAUCAACUUCCUGGUGCAGCUGCUGGAGAGCCAGAGCGGUCAGCCGGCCGGCCACUCCCCCGCCGCCCUGCUCACCUUCCUGAGAGGGAACAUGGAGCAGCUGCACUCGCCCCCGCACCCCUGGACCACGACGAGUGACACCGACGCUCCGUCGCCUGGAUCCAGCUGUGGCAGCUCCGAGGCCUGGUAGAACCACAGUCCUGAGUUCAAAAGGAGAGACUUAAGACUUUUGGAGGAAAACAGCAGGUUGUGUUGCAUUGUGACUCAUGUUUCGGUGCAGAUCAGUGUGAUUAUUAUUAUUAUUAUUAUUUUUUGUGGACUCCACACAUGAAUGGUACGAAGGUGCCACCAACAGAUUAUUUAGAUUCUGCACAGGGGUGUCAAUCCUGGACAUUUCCUUCAUGUUUUCAUGUUAAUAUUCCUCAUUGCUGGUCAGCAUGGAACUAAUUUAUUCACCAUGAAGGGGAAUUUUGCCAUUGAGGAAAAAAGCAGAGGAUUAUGAAAAAAAAGGCAUUUGAACAUUAAAAUUCAGCCAAUUCUCCAGACUGCAAUAGUCUCUAAAUAGCCGAGGACACUAUUUUUUUAAUGUUUUCCUUUCAUUCAUCUAACACAGUUUUUCCCCUCUUAAAAAUAUCUGAACUUGUGUGACGUCAUCACAGCAGAACCUUUUUUUCUGUUUAAUUGUGUUUAAACUAAAAUAUUAGGCUAAAGAAUUCUGGAAAAUAAAAAAAAAAAUAAAAAACAGACAAUCCUCUGAAUAUUUUCACACAAAUAUCAGCUCCUGUCAAACCUUUCUUUUUCAUUUGUCUUCUUUGUAAUAUAUUUGCAUGUCAUAGCCAAAGAUCAUGAACUGAUUGUCAAAUUGUGGUACGAGUGUGUUACUGUGUGUCUUAUACCUCUUUUCUAAUUUAUUUUUGUUUAUCUGUGAGAACAUAUUAUGGUAUUUAUUUAUUUAUUUGAUAAA